GGCGAUACUGCAGUCUCCGCGUCCAUUCCGGCCGGGCGUCCAGACGUCCACCCUUUCUCGCUUCUCAGACCAUCGUCACCAUCCCUCCCCUCGGCCUCGCGUUCGCAGCGGUCAGCGCCUCCGAGAUGGAGCUCCACCUCUGCCUCCGUCUCCACGUGCGCCUCACUCCUGCCGCGAAGCCACCGCCGGCGCCCGCGGUGCUUCCAGUUCCAGCCUCCCGCCGCCUUCGGAUGGGUGGAAGCUACGGGGUUGCUCUUAGGCGGCACACAAGGCGUUCGAAUCGGGCAAUCCACACUUCCCUAGCCGACGGCGAGCAGGGUGUCGCUGUCGACGCUGUGAAGGAGAGGAGCGUCUCGGUGAUCCUGUUGUCUGGAGGCCAGGGAAAGAGAAUGGGGGCAAGUAUGCCAAAGCAGUAUCUACCUCUACUGGGACUACCAAUUGCAUUGCACAGUUUAAAAACAUUCUGUCAACUGAAGGAAGUCAAAGAAGUCGUGGUGGUGUGUGAUCCAGACUACAUUGAUGUAUUUGAAGGUUCUAUUAAGAACUUGCAACUACCUCUUAAAUUUGCACGCCCGGGAAAAGAGAGACAGGACUCCGUUUUUAAUGGACUUCAGGAAAUUGAUGGGGAUUCGGAACUAGUUUGUGUCCAUGAUUCUGCAAGGCCCUUAGUUUCUUCUGAAGAUGUAAAAAAGGUCUUAGAAGAUGCUGCAGUACAUGGAGCAGCUGUUCUUGGUGUGCCUGUUAAAGCUACAAUAAAGGAGGCCAAUAGUGAUUCUUUUGUCAUAAAAACUCUUGACCGGAAAACUCUAUGGGAAAUGCAAACUCCACAGGUCAUGAAGCCAAAUUUACUCAAAGAUGGUUUUGAGCUUGUUAAACGGGAUAACCAUGAAGUCACUGAUGAUGUAUCCAUUGUAGAAUAUCUAAAACACCCUGUCUAUAUCACGGAAGGCUCCUAUACAAACAUUAAGGUCACUACUCCUGAAGACUUGCUACUGGCUGAGCGCCUGAUGAAUGAGAAAUAGAGCUGACAUGCAAAAUUAACUGUUUGCUUGAUUUUAUAGACAUACGAUUUUGUAGCAGUACAGCAUUCACCCGCACUUCUACAGGUUUUGAAAACCCUCAUGCACGAGAUAACUGACUGCUUUGUAAACUUUCUGUCAUUCUUUCUAGAUAUAUCAAUAAAAAAUGGAACAAUUGUAU